ACCCUCCGGGAAAAUGUCUUUCCAAAAGCUUCUGGAAUCGGAUUUCUAUUCGCUCAACCGAAGUCGUAGUGGCUACAUCAGCUUACCGGAGAUUCAAAGUGCUGUCUAUGCCUUUGGCCUUCCUCGCGAAGCGGCUAAAGAAUUUCUUCAUUACUGUGACUUAGACAAAGAUGGGAAGAUUUCAAAGGCUGAGUUCGAAGCAGCGGUCAAACGUCGCAAGGCAAGACGGAUCAGCUUAGAAGAUACGAAAAAUAUGUACACUCAAAUGGGAGCCAGUGGGAAUGGACGUCUCGAUUUCACUUGUUUUGUUCGACACAUGAUGCCAUUGAACAAAGGAUGGUCCGAAUCACAAAUGAAAACUCUUUUUCAAAAGUAUGACAAACGAAAGAAAGGUUACCUCACCAAAGAAGAAUUCGACGCACUGGUGCGGGAAUCGAGUUGAACUGAGACAUUCUGC